AUGGGCAGAGACCGACAGUGGAGGGCAGUAGCAAUGGUCCAUGGGGACAGGCCCACAGAAUGCCAGUCAUUCCUGGAGGACAAGGAGAUAGAGUGUUACUCGCUGUCCGUGGACGCGUCCGCUCUCAGCGCCGAGUUUGACUACACCGUGCGCUGGCGCCCUGACGACUCGGCCGAGUGGCGGUGGGCUGGUGCCUUUGGCGAAAAUGGACGAAUUCGUGUCGCGGCCGGCGGCUCCAAGGACUAUCGAUAUUGGCGGUCGCAGCUACGCGAUGCAUUUGUGGCCGGGGAUGACGCGCCUAUUGUCGCUGGUGACUCGUGGCAGGUGGCGGCCGACGGCGUCUCUUGCGUGUUCAGACAAUCGGUGGGUGAAGAGACCAAGAUGCAGUCGGGUGCUUGUAUUGCGCUGGUGCCUUUCAUCAGGGAUGACCAGCACUCCAGAGCUGCUGUUUUCAGGGCUGGCGACAAUGAUGCACUGUCCGUGCAUCCUGUACUUGGUGGCCACCAGGGCAUUCGGGUUGCAGCUACUGUGCUGAACGCCCUGGCCCGAAUUCGCCAGCCUCGGUCUCGCUCCAGCUCUCCAGCUCCCACAGCCAUAUCUGCGCAAACACCUACCCACUUGGAUAUCACCACGCGGCUCGGGUACUGCACGUGGAACACAUUCUACACCGACGUGUCGCACGAUUUGCUGCUAAAGACGUUGUCCGAUGUUUGCUCUACCAGUAGCAUGUCUGGCGAGCCACGGCCGGAGUGGGUGCUCAUUGACGACGGGUGGCAGUCGGUGACUGAGUAUUCGAGCCAGGGGCGCUUGGUCAGCCAUGAGGCAAACCCAAAGUUCCCUGCACAGCUGCAAGGAACAGUCACAGAGCUGUCGUCUCUUGGAGUGAAACGGGUCGGCGUGUGGCAUGCGCUGUGGGGCUACUGGGGCGGAAUCGACCCACACGGUCCUUUGGCGCACGACUAUGCUCUGGAGAGAUUCCACAGGCUGCCGAAUUCUGCCAUGCCCGUCGAGGCCGACGUGUGGGUGAUUUCAAUGCAAGACAUCCAUGCAUUCUAUGACCAGUUUUACCGAUGGCUCAGGUCGCAGGGAAUCACAUUUGUUAAAGUAGACUGUCAGGCGUCGUUCGAGUCGCUAGAUGCCGGUGACAAUGGCGAGGCGCAUUUACAACAACUCAUCCAUACCUACUAUGUGGCGAUGGAGGCUGCUGCGCUGAAACACUUUGGGCCAUCUAGCGUCAUCUACUGCAUGUCCCAGACGCCUGUCCUGAUACCCCGUACGGUGUUCAGGAAUUCAGAUGACUACUUCCCAGACGUCCAUGAUUCGCAUGGAUGGCAUAUCUACUGCAACAUGGCGAAUUUGCUAUGGAGCCGCGCCUUGGAGCCAUGGUUUGUAAUGGACUGGGACAUGUUCAAGCCGGGCCAGGCCGAGAGCCGGAUUCAUGCAGUUUCGCGUGCAUUGAGUGGCGGCCCAGUAUAUAUAACAGGAAAUGCUGAAGAAUACAGCCGCCAGCCGUUAUCUGAAUAUGUGGGCGCUGCAAACAACACCUACACGCUUAGUCCGCCGGUUAUACAUGAGCGCUGCAUAUUCUCAGACAUGAGCAAGUGUGCCGGCCUGCUUGUCGGCGCAUCAGCAGUGGCCGCUGCCAACGCUGUGCUCGUUUCUGUAUACAACGUGUCGCCACAUAGGGCCAUUGAGCCGCUUAGUCUGGAUAUCAUCUGCCGAGAAGCCUCGAGAGUGAGUGCCAGCGUCUUGGCACAGCCCGCUGACCACGAUGUCCUGGCAACCAGCCCACGCGCAGCCCAGGUAGUUGUGGAGCAUGACAUAUCUCCGGAGGAUCCUGUACGCGGUCCAGGCAAGUUUCAACUGGCCGAACACUCAUCACCAGAAUUGACGCAAAAUGGUUCGACUUUUCGCUCCCUUCGCUCGCCGUAGAUUUGCUGAC